AUGGGCCCCUGUACCGCCUCCUCAUGCUGCUGCCAGGCCCGUAAUCUGCCAUGGGCCCCCGUACCGACUCCUCAUGCUGCUGCCAGGCCCGUAAUCUGUCAUGGGCCCCUGUACCGCCUCCUCAUGCUGCUGCCAGGUCCAGAGUGUGUCAUGGGUCCCUGUAUGGCCUCCCAUUGCUGCUGUCUCCAUCGCCACACUCUGCCAUGUGCCUCUUUCAGGUCUCCUCACACUGCUGGUGGGUUCCAUUUUGUCAUAGGGUGGCUGGCAGAUUACGGGCCUCCAAUUGCUGCUGCUGCCAGGCCCGUAAUCUGUUAUGGGCCCCCGUCCCGACUCCUCAUGCUGCUGCCAGGCCCGUAAUCUGUCAUGGGCCCCUGUACCGCCUCCUCAUGCUGCUGCCAG